AUGCAUGCCUCCCAUGUAUACGCGCAGAAUCUCCUACUCGCCCGCGAAGGCUAUCCUCUCUAUGCUCCGGAGCCGCUCUCAAACCUUCCGGACGACUAUAGGGCUAGAGGGGCCGAGAUCGGCGACGUCGGCGUGAUCACCAAGGAGGGGGCGUUCAAGCCGCUGCUGAAUAUCUGCGCCCCGCCAGACGCCGCGAUCAAUGCAUUCAAAGGCGUCCCUCCCGACUUCGAGCACAUUGGCCCCGUCGCGAAGGACUCCCUGGAUGCGUAUUAUGACCGGUCAGGCUCUUUCGUUCACAGUGCGAACAUCCGAUCGUACACGUUUGCCGGCGGGGGCGCGGCGCUCGCUCUCCCGCAAGGAGGCUCCCGCACCGAUGCCGAGAGGCUGGGUGACUUCGAGAAACAAAUCGAACGGCACGGUCUGUCCUGGUACGAACACGCCAUCUCCAAACGCGGCUGGAAAAUACAGAACGGAGAGCUGUAUCUGCUCACUGGCGUUGACAAGACGUCGCAUUGGGGUGCGCUGGCAUUCCAACACACGGGCGGCUCUCACGAAGUGUCCUUCGAGCUCACUGCCGUAGCCCAGACCGCUGUCGCGCUGUCCUAUACGUACCAGUGGCGGCAUCUGGCAGGCCAGGCUGCUCGCAAGGGACCUGACGUGGCAGCCGCCCUUAUCAUCAAUGGUGCAUCGGCCGAGAAUCAAUGCGUCUUCCUGCGAGGUUACAAACUCAUGGUUCGCGAGGAGAUCUGGACGCGCCUGACAGGUAUCUCGGUCAAGACAAUCGAUUUUACCGAGCCCACGCGCGUCAAAAACCCGGACUCAGUGAUGCAGUCAAAGCCUUUUCGACGCACGUUUGCUCCUGGGUCCCAUGCUAGCGAAGACAGCAUGGGUGAUGCCGCCGAAGGUCUUUCGAAAGCAGAAGCAGACAUCACGUUCGACCCUACUGACCCACAAGAACAACUGUAUCAUCCAUGUGAUGCCCUCAACAGACUGAUCUUGCGCCACACAGGAUGCAAGCUCGCUUUCAGCCAUGAUCAUCUUUGGACGCGCAGUGUUAAUGCCAGAAACACGGCGAGGAAGCCCUGUCUCCUUCAGGUUAACGUCGGCUCUGAUUCGUCUACCCUGAAAUUUCGUGAAGAAGGGGUUAUCGCGAUGUCAAUGUGGGAUGUUUCCGACCUAGAACGGAAGAUCUGGCCUCGAGGACUGAGAAUGGGAACAGAGAUCAAGCUGGAACCGUCACCCACUGCCAACAUCGCCAGCGCCAGCACAAUGCCUCGGCGAGACAGCUCGAACAGGACAGUACAGCCAAGACCAGUCCGAACACGCCUUGUAUCCCUGGAUCCUCAAAAUGCCAGAACCCGCCUUCGCAGUCGUGUCAAUAGCCAUGGAUGGGCGCCGCCGGAAUUCGACUUUGCCGGUCCCUUCACAAUGGGAGGUAGAACCAAACAAUGGCUGUGCAUCGUCAGGAUGAAUGGCGCCGAAUGGGGUCGCGCAUACGGUCCCACGAAGCAGGCCGCCGGCGAGGCUGCUGCAGACAACGCCUACAACGCCUUAAUUCAGCAGGGUUAUUGA